AUGUCAAAAGCUGAUUUAAGCAGCUCAGUUCUGCCAUUGACGGCAUCCCCUUCCACAAAUUUAAAUAGCUUUGCUCAAGAAGUAGGCUCGACCAGUCGUGGUUACGCUGAAAAUCGAUUUGGUAACGCACCGUUUCCCCAAGUACAUGCUAAUGAGGCAGCGCGCCUUCAAGGAGAGCUUCAGGCUGUUCGCCAUCUGGCUCUAGCCUAUCAACAAAUGCCACUGGCGCCGAGCCAUUUGGACGGGGCUGGGGUAUCAAAACGGGUUGGACAAUUGUGCUUUGGCGACCCUGAGCCUGAUGCAAAGUCCGGCGUUGUUGAAGGGGAGCAGAUAUCAGCUGACUGGCUGGGUAGCGGAUGCUCAAAGGAGAACAUGGACCACUUGUCAAAUGGUGACAUUCUUCCUCUUGGGCAGCCUUUUGACCAGAUCAGUCUGCUUUGGUCUGCCGCCCUCCAUACCUGUCUUGCAUAUGCUUGUCUCCUCCCACUCGCCGACUGGACUCCCAACUUCAAUAUUGACUCUACCAAAUUGCCAUACUACCUUCCAGGCUGGGCAAGCAACGGUGUGGCUAUGUCGACGGUUGCUUCUCAAAGUGGUCUUGUUGGGGCGGGGCCGACAAACCAGCUGGUGACGGCUGGUCUUGAAGCUCUUCAUCAGCUUCUCGAUAGUCGGCCUGCCAGCCUAGACCGCCGUGUAGUUGCUACUGCGCCAAAUAAACCGAUUCUUGAUGGGUGUGGUAUUCUCACCUCUGGCACCCGACACCACUUUCCACAACAGGAGCCGAUUGAGAUCCUUUGGCUAAAACAACUUAGUAUAGAAACUUCAUUUUCAUUUUUAAUUUUAUCAUACGGUGCAAUUAUAAUGUAUAUCCGUUAA